GGACGCGAAACCAGCUUCCUGUCGCUUUCGCCACCUCAGUUCCACCAUCGCAUCUUUGUUGGCCGACUCUCCAGAAAAAUUCCACCAGCUCCCUGUCUAAGACCCACAAAAAAGAGCACAGGACAGCGAGCGACCAGCCAAGACCUGCGCUACCAAAGAACACUUACAGCCCUGCCCUGUAGCAGAACAUUUCAGCCACCGUCUAGCCACCCUAUCUUGUGACUUACUGAGAGAGGACCCCGUUCUCAGCCGGCCAUGAGUGAACUGGACAUCGACGUGCUGUGUUCUCACAUGUACCAGUUGUCCAUGAACCAAUUGCGCAGCCUCGAGGACGACAACGUGAUACCCGGUCUGCGACUCCGGGACGCCGCGGAUCGAGACGAGGCCUGCAACCGAAUUUGCGCCACCCUGGAAUCGUGCGAGCCGCAUCAAGAGCGGAUUCGCCAGUUGGCUGCGGCCUACUGCUGGCUCUUUCCGCGCGACCAGAGCCUCGAGUGGGCGCUCUUCAUCCUCGACAAGAACACGCCGCCCGUCGAGGACUUCACGCUGCAAACGUGCGUAGCGACUAAGCUGUCAAACCCGAAUGUGGACCUCGCGUUCGUGCCCAUGAGUCUCGGGAGAAGCCGCUUCGCGUGCGUAAUCACCGCCGAGCCAGAGUCGGACCCGAAGGAUGCGCACGUCGUCGUGGGCAUGUGCGCCUGGCAGGACCUGCCGUAUCUGGCCACAUGUUUGCCCGGCGGAACUAGUGCAACGCGAAUCGAGCUUAUUCUCGAGAAAAUUCUCAAGUGUAAGUCCGACGAUAUGUACAUCGGCUCCUACGCCGGGAUCGACGAGACGCUCAACCGAAUUCACUGCGUUGAAGCAGACACUGAAAGUGAUAGUGGAAGUUUGGACGUUCAUGUUGGUAACGACUACGAUGACUAGCAACAGACCCUCCCGGGCGGCAAGCAAAAAGUUUAUAUCCACUGACAACGUCUGAACGGCAAGACUACGACAACGCGGAAUAUGGUCGUGUAAGGGAGACAAUUCAGGAAGAGCCCUGCUGGCAACGACCAUAUCAACUUGACAAGUUCCUGGAGAUGUAACGCUUUUUCACAGUUAGGAAAUGGGAAAUCGCUGAAGCCUCAAAUAUUUUUAUCCCCGAUGAAUGCGCAAGUUUUAUUCGAUUCCAGCAGCAACCAUGAAAGUUUCACUACUAUGUUUACGUAUGUCAUGCCAAUUUAAGACUGCUACGGAAAAUAUUUCGCCCUCUUAACCAGUCUUUCCGAUGAUUGGCCCGUAACACUUCAAUGACGCAGCGCCAGCUUAGAAAUACGUUUCAUCGUUUUUAUUAUCGUGUGUUUUACUUACGAUGUCUUGUAAAACAGAGCGAAGUUCUCUGAAAAAUAAAGAAAUAAAACAACUGCCUACGGCGUGGAAAUGUCUCGUGUAUCUAUGAAAAAAGUGCCGAAAUAAAAAAAAGCAG